UAGGCACAUACUUUUGAAUAACAAGACCGCUGUGGUUUAGACAUGUUGCCUAUAUUUUAAUUACAGAUACUUUAUCGCUUAGGAAAGAGAAAAAACAACAAAAUGUAUGAUUAUUAUGAUAUUCUUAAUGUCUCUCGGGACAGUUCGGCGGAAGAGAUAAAAGCGAGUUACCGUAAGCUGAUUCGUCAGUGGCAUCCUGAUAAGAAUGCGAUGAAGCAUUCUGAAUCGCCACAAUGUAAUACUACCAUUCAUCGUGCGAUGGAUUCAAUUGAUCUUCCACAGGAGAUGCAGCGUGACUCUGCUUUCAACAAGAUACACUUGGCGUAUGCAGUUCUUUCUGAUCCCGAGCAACGUAAUAUCUAUGACAAGUAUGGCAGUGAAGGUAUUUCUCUAAAGAAGUUUUUGCAUCAUCAGAUGGCUAAUGAGCGUGAUGCAUUGCAAGAAAUUCCGGAAUCCAUUGAAGACAGCGUAGUACAUCAUUCCACUGAACUGCGUAAAGCAACAAAUGACGUCGAAAUUGAGCGCGGCAUAAAUGUAAUCUUACAGCAGCGUCGAUGGGAUAAAUUCCGUGAAUCGCCCGUUCAGGUUAUAAGUCACAUUACUCUAUCCGGUGUCACUCAUUUUUUUGAUGAUCAGAUUGCCAGCUUUAUGCGUCGUCGUUUAUUCCAGAUCCGCAAAUCCGCUAUAUCAAAUUCCAUUGAGAUUCAUUUGUCUAAGCAUUCGCGUAUAGGUUACACUUACAGCAGUUCCAUUGCUCGUGGUAAGUUUGGUAUGUCAACAUCAAGUGCGUAUGCGUCAUCUGAGUUGACCGAUACUCUUGAGGGCGCAGCUAACAUUGAUUGGGGUGAAUAUAUGUCUUUCCGAUAUGCUUGGUUGUCUCUGAAGAAGAAGUUUUCAGAUUACUUAUGGGUCAGUGGUAUAUUUGGUAUUGAUGGAUAUUUGUCUCCUAUGAUGCGUUGUUUAGUGCACAAGAGUUGGGGCGAUAACCAUGCCGUUGAGAUAACAGCAUUCCCCGAAUUUGUGUUGAACUAUGGUUACAAUCGUGUUUUGGAGCAUGACCUAAAGUUAAACAUACAAGCUGCUGUUUCACAGGACGAUGUUGGCACUAUGGUGCGUGUUAAGGCGUUGUCUAACACAGGUGCUGUUGUUGGUACACGGUGUAGAUUCUCCAUGAUUGGGGGUACAUAUAUCGAGGGCUACAUUCGUCAAACAUUUUUCACUGAGAUAUUCGCCAAGGUCAAGCUCGAGUGCAGGUUGCGCUACAACCACAACGCGAUAUUUUUCAUUUUGAAGUUAGUACUCAACAACACUAGGUUGGACUUACCCAUUGAGCUUUACAGAGGAAGAACAGAACGCUGCCUAUUCUUGGGUACAGCUGCUGCUUGUGGCGUUAUGUUGUUACCAGCACUCUCCGAGAUUGUUAUAAACUACUUCUCCCGUAAAGACAAUUUCCUUAGUCAAAAUCCUUAUCGCCAGUCGCUACGUAGUAGCUUCUAUUAUCGCUUUCCGGCAUUUUCCUAUCUGCAUUCCCUAAACGAUCAGGGCAAGCGUCAUGAAAAAUACGUAUCUUCUGAGAAUGUAAAAGACACAUAUCUAUCAAACAGUUCAUCACAGUGGUCAGAAGACGCCAUGGAAGUCAUUGUUACAAAGGACAUGGCCUUGGCACGUCAAGAGGGAUUAUCCCUGUUCAACGUUGCUAAGGCAAGUUACCUCCGCGAGGUUGAUUCUGAUGGUUUAUGUAUAAUGUUUGCGCUAUAUGGCCAUCCGGAAGCGCUAAAUAUAAUAGAUGGAUUUGUCACCGUGGAUUUGUUUGAUGUGACUUUGGAAUCUCUUGAUGACACAUCCACCAAACCCUUGGGGACUGGUAAUCGCUUUUCCUAUGGUGACGUCACAGUGACCUCCUUACUAAGGCAAAACAAUCAAUUGCAUCUACAACGGCUCUUUGAUCGUUAUAUUUUAGACGUGACAAACGUGCUCAUGUCUCGUGUCACGAAUUCUUGCCUAUCACUGUCCGUCAGUUCCAAGGGCCAGCUUAUCGGUUUUGCUGACCCUUGUGCUAAUAUAUUCAACGUCGAGCCCGAGUUGUUUAUAUGCUAUCGCUACAAGAGUCGUGUUUACACAGUCAGAUUUGGAGAUGCUGACCCUGUGGUCUUGCCACAAGCUACGUAGGAA